UUUGAAGGGAAAUCAGAGCGAGGCUCUCAGCAACUUUGUUUUGAUACUUCGGUGCAAACAAACCCCCACACCUCGCACGAAUCCGGUGUUUUGCGGAACAUUUUACUUCAGGCACCAAACCUCGCUAAGUGGGGGAGCUCAUUUGUGACGUCUGUUCAACCCGUUCCUUUGCGUAUCGUAUUUUGUACCUUCCUGGACCAUCUUGCGAUAUUGUGCCUUGAAGCAUGAGUUGUACGCACGUUAACGCUGCAGAACUUAGGCCUCCAGGGCCUAACCAGGCAGUGUACCGCGAGGACUGUACGCAGUGUUUUGAUUCGAUUGACGAUCCUACAGGUCUUAAUGUAUGUCUCUACUGUUUCAACGGUGGGUGCACGGCAGAACGGCGCCACGCCUUAUUACAUUAUGAAACAAUCAAACACCCUCUCGUGCUCAAUGUCAAGAGGACGCGAAAACAUGUCAAGCGUGAUGAACCUCCACAGAAGAUAACAAAGCUCGCUAUCGCCGCGGAAACAGAAGCCGAUCGCUACGAUACUCAGCUGCAAGUGAACUGCUACGAGUGCGGCGUGAGUGACAUAGAUCAAGCUCAGGGCAGACUUCCUGCAGUGGUAGAUGGUGUUAUGAAAGCCAUGACCUUUUCGCGUCAGGAAGAGGUCAAAGCGUGGGAGCAGGAAAUCACACCGUGCGAGCAUACUCUAUGCCUGCAGCAGGAGCAGUCUAGGCAAAUCGCUUCUCAAGAUUUGGGUCAUUGUUCGAUGUGUGAUCUCAAGGAGAAUCUUUGGCUUUGCUUGCAGUGCGGCAAGCUUGGAUGCGGACGGGCUCAAUUUGGUGGCGUUGGCGGCAAUUCGCAUGGCCUUGCUCAUGCAGAUGCCACAAAUCAUCCGGUCGCAGUAAAAUUAGGGUCCAUCACGCCAGAAGGGACUGCCGACAUUUACUGUUACGCCUGCAAUGAUGAACGAACGGAUCCAGAGCUCGCUGCACAUCUGGCCCACUGGGGCAUCAAUAUUGCUGAACGAGAAAAAACUGAGAAGAGUCUGACGGAAAUGCAAAUAGAGCAGAACCUGCGAUGGGAGUUCUCCAUGACAACAGAGGAUGGGAAGGAAUUGAAGCCGGUAUUUGGGCCAGGCUUGACGGGCUUGAAGAAUCUUGGAAACAGCUGCUAUCUUGCCAGCAUUCUUCAAUGUCUAUUCGCAUUGCCGGUAUUCAGGGAAAGAUACUUUUCCCAUGUCGAUCUCGCUCCGGCCGCGUCUAAGCCCGCUGAAGACCUGGAAACUCAAUUGCGUAAAUUGGCCGACGGUCUCUUGUCUGGACGCUAUUCUCGCCCCGAUUCGGAUGUGAUUGCAUCAGAACACUCUGCUGAGGUUCCCUAUCAAAAAGGAUUGGCUCCGGCCAUGCUCAAGCACUUGAUUGGCAGGGGUCAUGAAGAAUUCUCGACGAUGAGGCAGCAAGAUGCUUUUGAGUUGUUGAUGCAUCUUUUCAAGCUGAUUACCCGUUCCUCCCACCCAAAACCUUUGAACGAUCCGAUUCAGGAUUUCCGCUUUGUGAUGGAACAGCGUCUACAAUGUCUGACCUGCAAAAAGGUGAGAUAUCGAACCGACGAAGUGGAAAAUCUGAGUAUUCCGGUCCCGGCUCGUAAAGUCUCAAGAGGGGCAGAGCAGGACACUGAGGGAAAGGAUGAGUACGAGUCAGUAUCCUUAAAGGAAUGCCUCGACACCUUCACUGCCGAGGAAAUUGUCGAGUUCAAGUGCCCCUCAUGUGGCAGCCAAGACGGUGUCAGCAAACGUUCACUUUUCAAAACCUUUCCCGCUGUGCUGGCGGUCAAUGCCCGCCGUUUUCAGUUGGUUAACUGGGUACCCACCAAACUUGACAUACCAGUCGUGGUUAAUGAUGAACCAUUUGAACUCGACGAAUACUUAUCAAAGGGACUUCAAGCAGGGGAGGAAGCAUUACCCGAGGAUGCUGACGAUAAAAGCGGCGCCUCCAGCUUCACUCCAAAUGAGGCUGCACUAUCCCAGCUUGAAGCCAUGGGGUUUCCCCGUGUUCGUUGUGAAAAGGCUCUUCAUGCGACUGGCAAUACUGAUGCGGAGGUUGCAAUGAACUGGCUCUUUGAACACAUGGAGGAUCCUGACAUUGAUCAACCGCUUGACCUUGGUGGCUCUACCGGGGCUUCCGUGAAUCCCGAGCAGGUCGACAUGCUAGGAAGCAUGGGAUUCAGUGCGCCGCAGGCUCGCAAGGCUCUUAAGGAGACAGGCGGGAAUGUGGAGCGAGCGGUCGAAUGGCUAUUCAGUCAUCCCGAUGACCAGGGUGAUUUUGGCGAUGGAGCAGGUUCUUCGGAAGAGCCAACAGGUGCUCUAGAGAAGCCGCUCGCCGGUAGUGGGGACCUUCCCGCCAGGUUUCAACUUCAGUCAAUCGUCUGCCACAAGGGCGGGUCAAUUCACGCAGGACACUACGUUGCAUUUAUUCGCAAGGAGCUUCCGGAUGAGAUUGGCAAAUCAUGGGUAUUGUUCAACGACGAAAAAGUCGUCAAGGCGGUUGAUGUGGACGAGAUGAAAAAAUUUGCAUAUGUGUAUUUCUUCCGGCGUAUAUGAGAUAGAAUGGAGCAAUGGCGGGGGGAGCGUUUCAAUGUAGUUGACUGGUGUACGGGAGAGAAAAUGUGUAGCGGGAUAGCUGAACAAACUAAUCAAAAGAGCAAGACUUUGAGAGUUUCGUUUCUCUCCAUCUGCCCAAUCUUCUAAUAAAUCGAGAUGCGC